AUGCUAUGUAGAAGGUGUCGAGGUGCAGUGGUCAAAAAGCAUUGCACGAAUGUCCAGCUGUCAAGUGCUUUAAGUUUCUUUAAGCCAUCAUGUAUGUCUGUUGUGGGUCGGUCGUUACAAUAUUCUCACGAAAAUAUGAGAGUAAAAAGGCUACUUUUGGGAUCGAUUAGGAAAAGACCCCAAAAUGAUGGUUUCAUUGAUCGAUUUUCCAAAAAUUCUUUGGAGGAACUCUUUAAAACGAUGGGGAAAGAACAAUUUCGUGAGGCGGAUUUGUCGCGUAAAGUGGAAAGUAUACAGUUUACGGCUGGUAGUGCAGAUAUGGUGAAGCAGGCUGCACAUAUCCCUAUCAUCAAUAGUAAAUUUUACGAUGGUGUUCCGGGUAAAUUUACGCCGAUGCCGUAUGGUCCUCUAGACACAAGACUUGGGACAUGUCAAAAAAAUAUUGACUGCGCCACUUGUAAAUCGAAUUUGGUAGAUUGUGUUGGGCAUUUUGGUUACAUGGAUUUAGCUUUGCCUGUAUUCCAUGUUGGAUUUUUCAACAGUGUGAUGCAUGUGCUGCAAUGCAUUUGUAAAAGUUGCUCAGGAUUGCUUGUUUCGGAUGAAAUAAGGGAGAAAUUUCUGAACGAAUUGCGCAAAACGUCUUUGGAUUAUUUAAAAAGGAAGGCACUGCAUAAACGAAUCGUUGCGAGCUGUAAAAAGAACACAACAUGUCCUCACUGUGGCAGCAAAAACGGUGUGGUUAAAAAAGCAACUGGAGCAGUGCUUAAAAUUGCUCACAGUGAUACAAUAACAGAAAACCGUUUACCUGAAUUCUUCGCUGCAGUUGAGGAGAAUAAGGAGUUGCACUCUUUGCUACCAAGAAUUAAGUUUGAUGUGCUAGAUCCAGUCCAUGUGCAGGAUAUUUUCAGUAAGAUAAGGAUGGAAGAUAUACCAUUGUUAAUGGCGCGUGACUCAGAAAUGAAACAUCCUUUAAAUCUUUUGUUGACUCGGUUGCCUGUUCCACCAAGUUGUAUUCGACCGUCCGUCAUUUCAGAAAUUAAAAGUGGAUCAACCGAGGAUGAUAUCACUGUGAAGUUGUCAGAAAUCAUGCUAGUGAACGAGAUUCUUCGCAAGUAUGUUGAAGAUGGUGUGCAAGUUGCGUUAUAUAUGAAUAGCGAAAUUAGUGGUCUUCCAGUCGAAAUGCAACCAAAAAAGAACACACGAGGAUUUGCCCAGCGACUAAAAGGAAAGCAAGGACGUUUUCGAGGAAAUCUUUCUGGGAAACGAGUGGAUUUUUCCGGCCGGACUGUCAUUUCGCCAGAUCCGAAUUUGCAUAUUGACCAGGUUGGUAUUCCUAUCUUUAUUGCAAAAACACUUACUUUUCCAGAAAUCGUCAAUGAAGCCAAUAUAGAACUUAUGCGAAAAUUAAUAAUAAAUGGUGAUGAUAUACAUCCGGGUGCUAAUCAUGUGGUCGAUCGAAUUACGGGUAAUAAACGCUUCCUUAGGUAUCUUUUUUCAAUAUAUCGCAACAUCAUAUUUCUCAAAAGUUAG